AUGCCUGAACAAUCGAUUGAAAAACUCAAGAGUCUUAUCAAAGAUAUCAAAUAUUGCAUGCUUGCCACUUGGACCACAAGCAAACUUGGAGAAAAGUACAUUCAUUCAAGACCUAUGAAUGUCUUGUGGAAAGAAGAUGCCCUUGCCGAACAAAAAUUGUACUUGUUCUCAUCAAAGGACUCUUGGAAAAAUAAGGAAAUUGGCCAAAAUCAUGAGGUGAAUCUUGCGUUUUCAGAUCCAAACAAUCAAACCUAUGUUUCGUUGGCAUGUACAUGUUAUUGUGACGACUCAAACAGGGAGCUUAUGAAAGAGCUGUGGAAUCCUUAUUGCGAGAUUUAUUUCCCAAAGGGUGUCAAUGACCCAAAUCUAUGUCUCUUGGUUUGUGACAUUCACCAUGCAGAAUAUUGGGAUGUCAAACAAGGAUCCAUGAUGAGCCUCAUUACAUCUUACAUCAAGGCAGGUCUCGGAAUCAAAGAACCAAUUUCACAAGAGCACGAAAAAGUUGUUCUUCAAAACAUUUAG